GUAAGGAUAGCGCGCAUUGGCCGCGGCAGCGUGAAGCAGGCCCCGGUUAUUGUCCAGACUCUGGCGGCAGCGGCGACGGCGGCGGCGGCGGCGGCAGUCGGUGCUGCGGUGCAGCGGCGGCGGCAGCUCGGUGGGAGCGAGGGCGGGAGCGGCCGAGACCAUGGCUGGAGGCAAAGCUGGAAAAGACAGUGGGAAGGCCAAAGCUAAAGCAGUGUCUCGCUCACAGAGAGCUGGGCUACAGUUUCCAGUGGGCCGCAUCCACAGACAUUUGAAGACUCGAACCACGAGCCAUGGAAGGGUCGGUGCCACAGCUGCAGUGUACAGUGCUGCCAUUCUGGAGUACCUCACUGCUGAGGUGUGAUCCCUCACAUCCACAAGUCUCUGAUUGGAAAGAAGGGACAGCAGAAAACUGCUUAGAGUAUUGUUUUAGUCAACCCUCUUCCUGCCCGUCAUUGUACUGUAAUUGGAACAGAAGAAACAAUGGGGAUAUGUGGAGUUUUUAAGACAGUUAAAUGGAAGAGCAUAGACAGUUACUGUAGACAUAGUAAAAGAAACAUUUGUACGUUCUUAGACUCAAAGUUUGAUAAAAGUACCUUUUCAUGUGGAACAGUUGUGUUGAUUGACUAGGUUUGUCCCAUAUGUUUUAUACAAAAACGGAAUUGAUAAACCAUUUUUUACAAAAGUAAUUUGUCUCAAAGCUGUCUGUUCAUGAUGUGUUGGAAAUUUUUUGCUCAUACUUAGACAUUUUUUAAAUUUCAAAUUGUUUAUCAUAUAUAUUCAGAAUAAUCUUAAAGCAAAUUAUGGGAGUAUAGCUUUAUCCUGAUUGAUAACAUGUAAUAUUGAAUCUUUAAUGCUAUCCAUUUGUGGUACACACCAUUAUUUUACAUACCACUAAAAGAAAGAAAAAACUCUGCCUGUUACCAUGUGUGCAGUGCAUCCCAACUUCAGAGAUGUUAGAAUAUGAAAAUGUGCAUUUACAAUUAAUGACCUAAUAUAGUAUGGUUACUACAAUGGCAGGCCCUAUGUUAAGUGUUUUGCUGAUUAAGAAAUUUUAUUACCCCUACUUAAAAAUGUGGAAACUACAGCUCACAGAAGAUAAGUGCUUUGCCAGAAAACACCUUGUUUCUAUCUUAGAAGGUAAAAAAUGGCAAAGUUAGGAUACAAACCUAGAUUUGGUUUACUCCAGAGCUCCACUGUUAAUUACCUAGAAUUGAAGUUAAAUUGUAUCAAAGAUUUCUGCUUUUGGCUUUAAAUUGCAGCUUCUGGUGGUUUUUUAUUGGUACAGAACAUUCAGAAAUUUGUGCAGUGUUUAAAAAAAUAUUUCUUUGUCAGUUUCUAAGCAACUAUUGUAAGAUUUAAGUUAAUGUACCAGUUCACAGCCCAUCAGAAAAUUAUAUUUUUCUGCCUGAAAGUCUUCAUUAAAAGAAAAUUUUUUUUAA